CUUCUCUACCUAAGCAUCACUUAUAUUUGUGGCAAAGUGUUCAGUGACUGAAAUAAAUCCUGGCAAAUAAUCAUAACCAAAAAUGAUGCUACAUUUAUUAACUUUUCUUUUGGUAUGCUACCUCUACGUAGAGUGCCAACCAAUAGCUCAAGGUCCUUUUAGUGUGAAGCAACUAUUCGCACAAGCCAAUACAAAUAAAAUCAAAGCUAUAUUAAGCCGGAAAUUCGAAGAAAUUUUCAAUCAUCCAUCUGAUAAAUCUACAUCAACCUUCGUUGGUAUUCCAGGAACUGGUAGCUGCACUUGUGUGCCAUACUAUCUUUGCGAUAAUGGAAUUAUUAAUACUAAUGGUAAAGGACUUAUUGAUGUGAGAAGCCAAGAUAGCGUUUGUGAAACUUCCUGGGAAGUCUGCUGUGAAGAAGGCGACCAAGUCGACAACCCAAUAGUACCACCUCCGGGUCCAAACACACAAGUUGGUUGUGGGUAUCGUAAUUCUGAUGGUCUAGGUUUCAGGGUCCUUGGUAACGUGGAAACUCAAUUUGCUGAAUUUCCUUGGAUGGUGCUCGUUCUUAGAGAAGAAAAAAAUGCCACAGGCAGUGUUUAUGCUUAUCAAUGUGGAGGUGGUCUAAUUCAUCCUCAAAUGGUUGUCACAGCUGCUCAUUGUGUUUACGGCAAAAAUAAAGCAUUCAAAGUUCGUGCUGGGGAAUGGGAUACGCUACACGUUUUAGAACUAUAUCCAUAUCAAGAAAGGAAAGUGCAAGAGAUCAUAGUGCAUAAUCAAUACUAUGCUGGAGCUAGCUACAGUGAUAUUGCAUUAUUAUAUUUAGAAUCAUCAUUUGAUGAUGCUGCAAAUGUUAAAACUAUUUGUCUACCGCCUCAAGCACAAACGUUGGAGAGUGGUGACUGCUAUGCAGCUGGCUGGGGUAAGGACGUAUUUGGUAGAGAAGGCAAAUCCGAUGGAAUUCUAAAGAAAAUCGAUCUACCAAUAGUACCUAAUAAGAAAUGCCAAGAGCAACUGAGAAGAACUAGGCUAGGUGAAUUUUUCGAAUUGCAUUCAUCGUUUAUUUGCGCCGGUGGUGUGCCAGGAAAAGACACCUGCAAGGGAGACGGAGGAAGCUUUUUGGUAUGCCCAAUACCUGGACAGAAAAAUAGAUAUUUUCAAAUGGGCAUAGUAGCUUGGGGUAUCGGUUGCGGCGAGGAUAAUGUACCAGCUGUUUAUGUGAAUGUACCUAAGUUCAGAGACUGGAUUGAUUGGCAAAUGAGAGCUUAUAAUUUGGAAAUCAGUAGUUAUCAAUAUUAGAUAGGAACUUGUAAAUUGAAACUUCAAUAAAGAAUUCAAAUUUCAUUUUGCA